GGGUAAGUAGUCCAUGCAUGGGCAAGCAGACGAAUUUACUUGACAUCGUGCGCACACGUUAAAACCGCGGUAAAUACUGAACGGUCAUACUUGAUACUUGCCUUUUUUUCGUUUUCCCAUAAAGUAUGAGUGUUGGCCCCUUCAAGUUUGUCACAACACUACACGCUACAACACGCAGUGCCUAAAAAUUACAGGAAUUAAAUCAAGCUUUUAAGUUUAACCCAUUGCUUGCACAUGAUGAGUUCAACACCUACUCCUUUCAUUUCCUGUCGAGGAACCCAUGGAGUCCAAGUCUUUGAAGGGACACAUUUCCAACCUGUUGAAGAAUUUAAAAAUGAAUCCAGUAAAACUUGCAGGCUGGCUAUGUGGAGCCCAGACGGGAAAUAUUUAGCAUGGGCUAAUGGAACAGUUGUUAGUGUUGCUGAAACAGAGAAAUGGAGUGUAAUUGCUACAUUUCCAAAACCGAAAACAUCUGGAUUGCAAUUUUCCCCUAAAGGAAAUUUCCUUGUAACAUGGGAGCCUUAUCAAGUUACAAAGGACAUACCAGUUAAUACUCCAAACUUGCAUAUUUGGAAUCUUCAGACCAAACAAAGUGUCAAAUCCUAUGUUCAAAAAAACCAUUCAAAAUGGGAGCCAUCCUGGAGUAAGGAUGAAAAACUGUUGUCACGUAACCUGAAUCUUGAGCUUCAAGUGUAUGAAGUUGAUAAAAUGGAUUCCAUCAGUCAAAGAUCUGAUGCAAGUCUCAAGAUUAGUGAUUACUCAACAUCUCCAGGGUAUUCUCCAUAUUUCUUCCUCUGUUAUAUCCAAGGUUCUAAGGGUCAGCCUUCAUUUGCCAAGCUGUUCAAAUAUCCAAACCUAAAUCCAUCUGGAUUGGUCGCUUCCAAAAGUUUCUUUCAAGGUGAUCGUGUUGAAAUGAAGUGGAGCAAGCCAGGAAAUUGUGUUUUGCUUAUGACAUCAACUGAUGUUGAUACUUCUGGAGCAUCUUAUUAUGGGAAACAAACAUUACAUUUCCUUGACGUGAAAGGCACAUCGGCAAUGGUCCAACUGCCUAGAGAUGGACCAAUUUAUUCAGUUGAGUGGAAUCCAAACGGAACCGAGUUUUGUGUCGUUUACGGAUUCAUGCCUGCGAAAGCCACACUAUAUGAUUUGAAGUGUGAGGCUAAGUUUGAUUUUGGAACUGGCCCGCGGAAUUCGAGUUUUUACAACCCUUUGGGGAACAUUCUUCUUCUUGGUGGUUUUGGUAACCUUCAGGGCAAGAUUGAAAUUUGGGACACACAAACACUGAAACUAAUAUCACCAAUGGAUGCUCCUGAUACAACUCACUUACAAUGGAGUCCUGAUGGACAACAUUUCAUGACUUCGACAACUGCUCCACGACUUCGGGUGAGCAAUGGUUUCAAAAUCUGGCAUUACAGCGGCGGAUUGCUGUUUGAACAUAAUAUUCAGUCUCCUAAUGAGCUGUGGGAAGCAACCUGGCAGCCCAUGCCAGAUGGUUAUUUAAAAGAUUUCAAGGUUUCCACAAAAAAAGUGGCUGGUAUCAAACCAUCUCAACCUCAAGGUGCAAACACUUUUUUUUGUAUUAUGAUUAUAUCAAAAAUUAUUAUUUAUUCUUAUUCUUAUUAUUUUAUACUAGUUUCAAAAGAACUUUAUCGACCUCCGGGUGCACGAGGAACAAGCGCAAUCUUGAAAUUUUUAGAAGAAAGGGAGGCUCCGUCUAAUCCAAAGGCUGUGAAACCAGUUGAAAAAGGACCGAGUCAAGUUAAACCAAAUAAACGCAAUGAACGUAAAAUCAAGAAAGCGGCAGCUGAAAAAUCCUCAGUCCCAGUCGAGAGUUCGCCUCCUAUAGAUACAACAGGAAUAACGUCUGAUGUCCAAUUUGAACUUACUGGAGACGAAACAACUGAUAAAAAGCUAAAGGACCUUAAGAAGAAGCUUGACCAGAUCGCACGUUUGAAAGCUGAACAGUCCGCGGGAAAGAAAUUGGAGGUAAAUCAAGUCGAGAAGAUUCAGAAAGAAAGCGAAUUAACGAAGCAGUUGAUGGAAUUGUCUCUGAAAAAAAAGUGAGGAUGUUUGUUUAAUGAAAACAAUAUUUCAACAUUCAUUUUAUUGAACAUUGAAUAUCCCUGGACAAUAUAAAUCAAUUGCCAGUAAAAAUGAA